AUGGGUAUGGCCGUUAAUGAUUUGCCACGGAUUCGCGAAGAGUGCGAGGUCUUCCAUCUGACCGACAAACAGAUCAGGGAGAUAAUGAGCAGGCUACACACGGACCUGCUAAAAGGACUUGGGAAAGAUACUCACGCUACUGCAAUCGUCAAAUGUUGGAUAACGUAUAUACAGGAUUUGCCCAAUGGGAAAGAAAGAGGUAAAUUUUUGGCGUUAGAUUUAGGAGGUACAAAUUUUAGGGUGCUAAUCAUAAACCUAGGCGAAAACCAUUUCGACAUGCAAUCAAAAAUUUACGCCAUACCGAACCACAUUAUGACCGGAACGGGGGUGGCUCUUUUUGACCACAUAGCCGAAUGUUUAGCUAAUUUUAUGAAGGAACACAAUGUUUAUGAAGAGCGGUUAGCGCUUGGCUUCACGUUUAGUUUCCCGCUAAAACAGCUGGGUCUUACGAAGGGUAUUUUACAACGCUGGACCAAGGGAUUCUCCUGCAGCGGUGUUGUUGGAGAAGAUGUUGUGCAAGGGCUCAAGGAUGCGAUAGCAAGACGAGGGGACGUACAGAUCGAUAUAUGCGCUAUUCUCAAUGACACUACGGGCACAUUGAUGUCAUGCGCGUGGAAAAAUCACAACUGCAAAAUAGGACUCAUCGUUGGCACCGGCAGCAACGCCUGCUACGUGGAGAAGACCGAGAACUGCGAGCUGUUCGACGGCGAGCCCGGCAAGUCCGACCUGCUCAUCAACACCGAGUGGGGGGCGUUCGGCGACGACGGCAGCCUCGACUUCGUGCGCACCGAGUUCGACCGCGAGGUCGACGCGAACUCCAUCAACCCGGGGAAACAGAUACAGGAGAAAAUGAUAUCGGGGAUGUACAUGGGCGAGCUGGUGCGUCUAGCGCUAGUGAAGUUCACGCGGAUGGGGCUGCUUUUCGGCGGCCACGGGUCAGACCUCCUCUUCGAGAGAGGCAGCUUCUACACGAAAUACGUGUCGGAGAUCGAAUCAGACAAGCUGGGCGACUUUACCAGCUGCAUGGAGGUCCUCGAAGAGCUCGGGCUGUCGCACGCGUCCGAGGCGGACAUGGCGGCGGUGCGGCACGUGUGCGAGUGCGUGUCGCGGCGCGCCGCCCACCUGGUGUCGGCGGGCAUCGCGACGCUGCUCAACAAGAUGGCCGAGCCGCGGGUGACGGUCGGCAUCGACGGCUCCGUUUACCGCUUCCACCCGCACUUCCACGCGCUCAUGUGCGAGAAGAUCGCCCAGCUCGUCCAGCCCGGACUCAACUUCGACCUGAUGCUGUCGGAGGACGGCAGCGGGCGUGGAGCGGCGCUAGUGGCGGCCGUCGCCUGCCGCCAGAGCCAGCCCGUCGCG